UGGUCCUCACAGACACCAGCGGUCACCUUUUAGAUACUUGCCUACUUCAAGUCUGUCUUUUCCUAAUGGGAAAUAAUUUACACAUCGCCUCAGCCAGAAUUUUCUACCCCUUCUUCACUCCUCACUAAUUUUACCCUUACCCUUCGAAGGGAACAUGCCAUAUUCUACUUGUAUUAUACUUAUUGCCUCGUUUAUUAGAAUGCAAACAACCUGGGGCAGUUUCUAAGCCAGUUUUCCUUUUACCAGCGAACCUUGACCGGAUGAGGUUUGCAGUUAAGUGAGUGAGCGAUUUUGUAAAUGUUACUCAAGAGUUAAGUGCUGGAGAAGGUCAAGGCAUUACCUUUCUUCCCGUUUUCCUUGGCUUGUUUAGUUUCUAGAGAGACGCUGUGUAGAAACUGGGAAUACAGUGGCAAAGAAUAAUCAAACUAGUCCGGAGUGCCAACGCAUUCCCAUAAUCCUCACUAAUUGGGAAACUGAGCAGGGGCGUCACUUGAGCCAAGGAGUUCGGGCUCAGCCUGGGCAACAUAAUGGAGACCCCCAUAUUAAAAAAGUGAUGAAGAAGAACUCUAACCACGUUUCCUGCGUUUGUUGAGGCAAUACACGUAUUUCUACACCACAAAUAAUCCCGUUGGAUAAUCAUGAUGAAGUCCUAGAAGGAUACAUACUUAACUGCUAUGCUGGUAUUAAAGAAAUGAUGAACUAUAAAGUAGGAGUUUGGUAUAAGAAAGACAGCCCUGAGGAACCUUUUGAAGUUACCACCAUAAGAAGCAACCAUGCCUGCAGAAGUAGGGAAGACAGAUAUGGAGAAGAUUGGCCUCUUCAGUGAGAUGGGAUAUACUACUAUUGGUGAUAAAUAUGUAUCACCAUUUAAUCGACCCUUUAAUGAAGCUGCAAGCAAAAAUAGACAGAUGUUACCUGGGGGAUCCAAAGUGAUGUCAAAUCUCCAGGCAGGCUAUUUUGAUUCCCAGUUUGCAAGGAUUUUUGAAGGAGAAGGCUAUGUAAACAUGAAUCAAGUGAGGAGGCAGUAUAUGAUGGAAGAAGCCAAAAAAAAUCUAAGCAAAGCCUUCCUCCCUAGCAGUGGAGAGAAAAAGCUGUGUGGAUUUGGAAGCUACUAUGGAACAAUAGGUGGCCCAGUGCCAUUCUUCAGUGCAGAGUUAAAACCCAGGGACAAAUAUGAGGCACCUGGAAAGAAUUUAUACACAAACCCAGGGAAGAAAGGAACAGGAUAUGGCUAUGCAAAUGUUACCAUAGGCAAACAAUUUUCACAUUCUGCUGAUUUCUAUGAUGAAGCAAAUUUGAAUUAUAAGAAAGCAAGUGAACAACAUCGUCGUUUACUGAAAGGGACACCUUUCAAGUUAAAUCUUUAUCCAAGGGAAUAUUUUGACACUAAUCCUUAUUUCUCUGAUAAACCUUUACCUCCAAUUAAAAUUGAAGAGAAGAAAAAAGUACUUCCAAAUCCUUUCAAACCCUCUUCUCCUGGUAAAAAGGCUGGUGGAAUGAAGGCUGGGACCUUUGAAGCUUACCCAUCACAUUCUGCUGACCCUUAUGUGGUUAAAUUGGAAAAGGAGAUUUCCAGGAAAGAUGCUAAGAUUUUCCAUCCAUCAGGUGGACCAAAAAGCAGACCAGUUGAAAGUAUAAUGGCUCUGAAUGUCAGAAGAGCGCUGAAUAGGAAGAACUACAAGACCGCUUCAGUCCAGUCAUAUUAGUGUCUGAAAAACCAGUGUCUUUCUAGAUCCUACCUACCAAUAACUCAUAAUCAAGAGAUGAUUAUUUGAAAAAGAUUUAGAAGUUUGUGGAACAGACAGCCCAUACAUUUAAAAGAAAUUUAAAACUACAACUGUGAUUUUUCUUUCUGACUUUAGCAUUGCUUCUUUAUUAAUAUUGUUUGCUAAUAAUAUGUGAUUGCUGACUUACGGUUUUAAAUCUAUGUUUCUAAGCACAAUAUAAUGUUUAGACAUUUUAUAAAAUUUUAAAAUGUGUCCUGUCAUUUAAAAGCUUUUAUUCCUAAUGUUAAAACAUUGCAGAGUCAGUGUGGGGUGGGGUAGGUACGGGGAGACGGUGGAAGCUGGAGCCAGGGUAGAAAUUACAUAGCAAAUUCUUGUAGUAUGUUCUCAGAGGUAUGUAUUUGAAAAAUGUCUUGAUAGUUAUCUAAGGGUCAUAGCCUAUCAAAAUACUCAACAUCAGAGAUAAAUAUUAAAUCCAUUUAUACUGCAUGAUUCAUGUUUAUAUACAUUACUGUACCGAGGCAAAUGUUUAAAUAUACAUGGUAUCAUGCCUUCUUUUUAUAACUUAUGCAAAUAAUCAGAUCAUUUACCCAGUGGUCCCUGACAUGAGUUGAGGAAGAUGGGAUGCACUUGUUGCUUCAUUAUCUAUGACUGCGAACGAGCACUGUCUCUGGUGUCCCCUAAUGCUCUUCUCCAGCUGUCCGGAAGACAGCAUCCCGCCUCAGUGCCCUCCUUGAAUUGCCACAUUCUCACUUCUCCAUCACCUGCCAGUACUCUGUUAAAAAUGUCUGUUCCUAAAUUAUAUAUUACUGGGGCUGGACAUUUAGCUCAGUGGUCCUGCUGCCUGCCUCACAAGCAUAAGGUCCUGAGUUCAAUCCCU